GCCAUGACUUUUGAAGCAUUUCUACGCUGAGUUCUGUGAAAAAGAAAAUAUUUGACAUUGUUCUUCUGCAAAACAUAUUGGGGUAGGGAUGCAACUGGGUGGUGUUACUUUGUUUUUCUUAUUCAUCUUCAGUUUGCUUCCUUCACAGUAUGGCGCUGAAGUAUAUAACAUAACUCCUUCACGCCCAUUAGCAGAGGGACAAACUCUAGUCUCUCCUGGCCUAAGAUUUGAACUGGGCUUCUUCAAUCCUAAUAGUUCUGCCAAUAAGUAUGUGGGCUUGUGGCACAAAAGUAUAUAUCCCCGUAAAUAUGUGUGGGUGGCUAACAGAGAUAAUCCUCUUGCGGCUAGAGACACCUUCGUUAGUUUGAGAAUUGGCAGCAGCGGGAGUCUGGAGCUUGUAGAUGGGAAACAGAUUUCUGUCUGGUCCGCCAAUAUAUCCAAUUGUUCAUCUGCAGUUCUCUUGGAUAAUGGAAACUUUGUUGUCAAAGAUGAUAUGGGAGCUCAUAUGUGGGAGAGUUCCAAUAAUCCGAGCGACUCACUUCUGCCAAGCAUGGUGGGAAAACAGAUUUUCUUGACAUCUUGGAGAAGUGAUAAUGAUCCAUCAACGGGGAUAUUCAAGGCCGGAUAUUCAGCAGAGUUGCCAUCACAAUCAUUCAUUUGGAUUAAUGGAUCUAUUCCCUACUGGAGAAGUGGGCCUUGGGAUCAAUCAAAGUAUAUUGGUGUGACACCGGGAACAAGGUAUAACUCUUACAGUUUUAACAAAAUUCCAAGUGACAAAAUUUUUAUAUAUAUAGACAUAUCUUCAGAAGGAGUACUCAGGACAAUGUUUUCAGAAAGUGGGAAGAACUGGUAUCUUGACUGGGAGUCAUGGAAAAGCCCAUGCGAUAAUUAUGGCGCCUGUGGACCUUUUGGGGUUUGCACAGCUUCUGACUCUCCAAUCUGCAAGUGUUUGAAAGGGUUUAUACCCAAGUCAAAUGAAGAAUGGAGCAAAAGAAACUGGAGCGGAGGUUGUGUGAGACGAACGAAUUUGUCUUGUGAGACUAACACAAAUGAUUCAGUCUCAUCAAAAGGAAAAGAUGGGUUUUUGAAGUUGGAAAGAGUGAAAGUACCCGAUUUUCAUGAAUAUCUGAAUUCUGUGUCUCUAGACAAGCUCGAGGACUGCAAGAUACAGUGCCUGAGUAAUUGUUCUUGCCUGGCUUAUGCAUAUGUUGAUACCAUAGGGUGUUUAGUCUGGUCUAAAGACCUUAUUGAUAUGCAGAAGUUUCCAUCUCUUGGAGAAGAUCUUUACAUCCGCCUAGCACCCUCAGAACUAUAUGAAGAAAAGCCGAUAAAGUUAAUUGCCAGCCUUACAGCUAUUGGAUUUAUGAGUAUCUUGAUUGCAAUAGUCUUCAGUUUGCACAGGUGGCGUGCCAACCAAAAGCGACACGUUGGAUUAACAGCAUGGCGCUUGGAAACAACUAGUAUGAUUAAGAUUCAAAGAGAUGGUCUUCGAGAAUAUAUGGGACAACAUGAUUUCCCGGAGCUAAAGAUAUAUGAUUUUGAUAGCAUAUCAAUCGCCACGGACAACUUCAACAUAACAAACAAACUCGGUCAAGGAGGCUUUGGCCCAGUUUAUAAGGGGAUGCUACCGGAAGGGAAGGAAAUAGCAGUAAAAAGACUAUCCAGUAGCUCAAGACAAGGAGUUGAAGAGUUCAAGAAUGAGAUGUUGUUGAUCUCCAAUCUUCAACACAAAAACCUUGUUAGGAUGAUGGGUUGCUGUGUUAAAGAGAAUGAGAAGUUACUGAUCUACGAGUUCAUGCCAAACAAAAGCUUGGAUACUUUUCUAUAUGAUCUGACGAAGAGAGCAAUGCUUGAUUGGGCUUCACGCUUUAAUAUUAUUCAGGGUGUUGCUAGAGGGCUUCUUUAUCUCCAUCAUGAUUCCUAUGUGAAGGUGAUACAUAGAGAUUUAAAAGUCAGUAACAUUCUCUUAGAUGAGAGAUUGAAUCCAAAAAUCUCAGAUUUUGGAUUGGCACGCAUGGUUGAAGAAACACAAGGUCUAGAAAAUACUCAGAAGGUUGUUGGAACACGUGGCUAUAUGUCUCCAGAGUAUGCCAUGGGUGGGAUAUUUUCUGAAAAAUCUGAUGUCUACAGCUUUGGAGUCCUGGUAUUAGAGAUUAUAAGCAGCAAGAAGAAUACCAGCUUCUAUUUUUAUGACCAACAACUAGGCUUCCUUGCCUAUGCAUGGAAGUUGUGGAAUGAAGGCAGGGCGUUGGAGUUUGUAGAUGAAGUAUUGGGUGAUUCAUAUUCCUCAUCUGAAGUAAUGAGAUGUGUGCAUGUUGGGCUUCUUUGUGUACAGGACAAUGCUGCGGAUAGACCAACCAUGACGGAUGUAGCUUCAAUUCUAAGCAGCGAGAAAGAUGGUCCACAUCCGAAGAGGCCUGUAUUCACUAUCCAAAACUCAGUUUAUCAUCCUGGACCAUACUAUGAAAAUACAAAUUCCUCAAAAAAUGAAGCUAGCAUUACAAUAAUUGAAGGACGGUAAGCAACAACAAAUUGGUACAUCGCAAUGCAAUGCCUUUUGGUGAUUCUCAAGGGGUUCUUGUACAUAUUGAAGGCUUUCUAGUUGGUAGUAUGUGGAAGUCUUUUUCGUUUAGAAGAUGCUCCAAAAGUCUAUAUUGAUGCUUUUACAAAUUUUAUGCACAAAAUAUUAAGUAUGCACUUGGUGAUACCAUUUUUAUGUAGUCUAAUACUUUUUGCUUUAUUUUGUGUUGUUUUAAUUUUUUAUCUUUUGAUGGAAC